CUUGGUAAUGGAGGACUCUGAAGACCCGCGCAAGCGUCAGAUUACGGUGCUGGCUCAGGAUGCCGUCAUUGCUUUGGAAAAGUGCCUCCAAGUCUCUGGCUCAUUCUCCCACUUGGCUGAAGCUCAGCUCGCGCGCUUCAAUCUGUGGGUCACCAAUAUAGGUGUUUUCGCUAAGUAUAAAGCGUCUUUGGAGUUUCGUCUAAGAGACAGCCCAGAUGUGCAGAAAAUUAUCAUCAACUUGCUCGAGGUUUUGGCUCUAUAUGCCGGUCAGGGUGCGUGAUCAAGCCAUAGUAUCCCCUAUGUUGUCUCGAUUUGAGGAGUGACUCAAGUUGAUAUGUGCACAGCUCUUCGAACCGAAUUGGAAGUGUCUAGCUCCAACAUUGCUGAAGCAACACACUCGGAGUUAUCAACUCAGGAUGAGGUCACAACUCCUGGACGCGACAGCAGUAGCACAACGCCUUGCCAGCAAGACUUUCAAAUCCAACCUCUGAAAGAUCUGUCAAGCGUGCCGGCAUAUCAAGCUGUAGAAGAUACCAUCACUCGUCUUCAUCACCUUUCAACCGCGAUACGUAAUGCUGGAAUUAGAAACCCUUAUUCGCGGAUCACUCGUUUGAUUAUCCUUGACGAAGAUGGAAACGAUAUCAACCGAGCCUUUGAGUACUUCAUAUCCCAGGUUUUGAAGCUCCGACACUCUCGCUUGUCGGAUGUCUUGCAAUGCCGAAUUGCGGAUGCUAUCUGCUUUCGACGACGUCGGUUUCUUUACAACAAGCCGUCGGCACAGAUGUAUCACGGUCCCUUCGUCGCUCCGUCUCUUCCAAGUGGCCGUGGAGUUCACCAUAUACCCACCCCACCAGCCAGCCGGAAGCGACCCUCGAUGCCAGAUGCUCCCCUUCCUCCGCCAGUGCAAGCCCCUACGACUCGAACGGCGUCUACCUUUUAUCCGCAACGGUUCCAAUACCCACGGCAAUCCGAACCGUCUGUGGUGUCUACGGCAACACCAAGCUCUCACAUUCCGCAAAUGAGUGAACAUAUUCCCAAGCCCCCGUCAGUAGCUUCCGGACAGAAAGAGGCGCAAUGCCCAUUCUGCCCUUUUGUCAUCAACAUCAAGUAUCUGACUGGCACUCGAUGGAUGAAACAUUUUCAAGAUGACCUAGAACCGUACAUUUGUCUCUUCGAGGACUGCACGAGCCCUCGCGAGCUGUUCUCCUCGGUUGAGCAAUGGCUGGCGCACAUGAAAGUUCACCCAGCACCAUCGACAGAAUGGAUCUGCUCAAUGCGCCAUGCAUCGUCAGAUCAGACAGUGAUGAAGAGUGCCGAGGAAUUUGCGCAUCAUGUCAGAGACCUGCAUUCUGGACGUUUUACUGAUAUGCAGAUCAAGAAACUUCAACUCCGAGCCGCGCGACCUGGUCCCAUGUUUUCCAGUUGUCCUUUCUGUGACUGGUCAGAACACCCAGACACCGAAAAGCGAAAGGUCUCUGAUGGUCCGACACCCAUCGAAGAACACAUUGCCGACCACUUGUUCGACUUGGCGCUCUUGUCGCUUCCGCCGAUGCAGGUUAACGAGAGUACCGACGAAGACGUAAGGGAUAGCUUGGCAAACGUAUCAAUCAUUAGUGGCAAUCGACCAAGCCACAGCGCCCAAUCGCAGAAUUUAUCAGGAUUUGAAUUUCGCAGCUAUCGGAGCCCCUCACCCGACAGUGGAGCUAUUCAUACAUCUAGGCAUAGUCACAUCUCUCCUGUUCCAAGCGUUGAUGCUCUCAGCUAUCAACCCGAUUCGCCUCCUCGACAUAGUCCAAGCCCCUUUGACCAGAGUCCGAGACGUCUUCCCACAAGCGACAUUCCAAACCCUGAAAGUCUUUUCAGGUGCAGAUGGCAGGAUUGCAAUUUCUCCUGCACAUUGGGAUCUCAGGGUACCCUGCUCGAACACAUAAAAGACGACCAUGUCGCACACAUUGGACUCCGCUGUCCGUCAGAAGAAUGUAGUUCGUCGUACAGUCUGCAAGAAGAUCUGAUCCACCAUAUCAAAGUCACUCAUUGUGGGAUAAUCGCGAAUACGCCCGAAGUCAGUGCACUCGAAAUAUUCGAGGAGCUGGAACAAAAAGCUCUGGCAACAUCGGGGCAACCGCUCUUAUGCAAGUGGGAAGAUUGCCCAGAGAGCGAGGAUUUCUUUUCAUCGCACGCAUUGAUUUUCCACAUCGACCGUUAUCACAUCGUGCCCGAGAAAGGUGGCCGUUCUGCGAGAUUUCAAAAUUUGGACCUGUUAUUCAAAACUGCCGCCAAAGGUUCCGCUCAUUUCAACGCAUUCUCUAAUGACCAUCCCCAAAUCGAACUCCCGGGGAGGGAGGGUCCGAUAGAAGACUUGCCGGAAGAGUCGGAAAUGAUCAAAUGCAUCUGCGACUUCAGCCACGACGACGGCCAGACGAUUUUCUGCGAAAAAUGCAAUACAUGGCAACACAUCGUGUGCUAUUACGACGAUAUGCAAUCUCCCGAGGAACAUCUGUGCGCAGACUGCCAGCCCCGUUUUCUCCAAGUCCAGCACGCACGGGCUCUGCAAGAAGCUCAACUGGAGGCGGCAUCGGCAGAAAAUUGGCGUGAAGGAAACCAGAAUCGAAAGGCACGAAAGCGCCGCAAGAGAAAAGAUCGUGAUCUCGGCGAGGAAGGUAACGACUCCAGGGCUGCUUCAAGCCCCCUCCCCCGACGGAGCGAGCUUGGUGCUGAAGGGGAUCUAUUUCUCCCAAAACGCAGACGUCAGGUACCCUCAGCUCCUCUUCCUAUGGCUACUGGCAUCUCGGAGAGAAACCCACCAUGCAAGAAACCUCCCCGUAGCGAGCAACAAGAGCUGUAAAGCGAGACAAGGCUAAGCAUAAUCCGGCAUUUGAGCGGGGGCGGAAGCAGUUCUGAAAAAACUACUUUACAGCCGAAAGGGCUCUCAGUUCAUCGAGUGAUGAUCAAACUUAUGAUAUUGCGACUGCACUCAGACUUCUGACCAAGACCGUCUAUAUCUCAAGUGGCGUGCUAGUUGC